UGCAAAUGUAAAAGGGACACAGCCAGGCACAGACCCCCUGCAUCCGCGACACUACCCAAGCGAGUUCCUCCCCCUCCCCCGCACUCGGACAAAUCGGCGAGAGCGCGGAAUCCAGGCGCGCGCGGGCGAGAUGGGCGCCGGAAGCAGCCGCGCCGACUCGCAGUCGCGCGGCCGGCGGCGGAUCGGCCUCGGCGUCGCCGGGUGCUUCUGCGGGGGAUCUUCCUCCGCGGCGGACGCGGCCGGCGACGGCGGGGCGCUCGUCGCGGCCGCCUCGGCUUCCUCGUCGCGCUCUCACCAGGUAGAAUCUCGGCAAGUUGAGCGAGCAGUGUCUAGGCUUGAUUUCCGGGCUUCUAUGGCUGCUAAGGAUCUUCGCAUCUCCAGUGAGCCAGAUCAAAGAGUGCAUCCGUCUUCAAGCACCAUAAGUCACCAUCUCAGAUUCAAUUCUUUAGAGUGCCAUGACAACAAGGAAGGUGAGCCAGGAAUUCAAAAAUCUGAAACAAGUGGUCUUGAGAGUUCAUCGGGAAAAGAUGCCAUGAUUAGAGGGAAUUUCAGUGAUGAAGGUAGCAAUGCUGAGAGAACAUCUAGAGAGCUUGUAGAACAUGCCCCUCAUAAUGUUCAUAUCAACGCAGUUUGCAUUACAGAAGUUGGUGGCUCCAUGUCUCAAUCUGAUUUCCAUUCCUCGCUGAUGACAUCUGAGAGGAUCAUGUCUGACUUGGAAGACGGAGAGAUAACUCUCCACAGGACUUCAUCCGCAGCUGUUUUGUCGAGUGAAAGAUCAGAUAUUUCUCAAUCUAGCUUAGCACCUGUGUUGCCUGCUACUUCAACUGCAUCAUCCAUCAUUGGAGAAUCAAUUCCAGAUGCAACUCCUAGCAGAGCAGAUAUUCCCAUACCCAGUGGGUCACAUGGUCAGAUUGAUGGAAGUACAUUGCAUGAUGACAUGAUUAGCAUUUUCUCAAAUGAUGGCCCAGGACGCUCUAGAGAUUCCAGUAGCAGUGAAACAAGAAGGAAUCAUAGAAGGGUUCUAUGGGAUUCAUUUUCGAGACGUGGUUCUAGAGGCUAUCUAGAUUCAGACAGUGAUGAUCUGGGAUUUUACACUAGAUGGCUAGACCUUGGUGAUGACCUUUUCGGAGAUGAGGUUGAGGAGGCACGGUACUUUCAUCGCAGACGCCAUGGAUCAAUCAGAUUAAACCAGUAUUCAAGAUCCAGGAUUAGGGAGCAUCGUCGUGCUAUUUUCGAUAAUGGCAAUGGACAAAGUACUGCUGCUUGUCCUUUGGGGAUUCACCAAAUUGGCAGAUGCACCUGUGAUUCUUUCUUGGUCGCUGAAGAAUCUAGUGCCCGAGCAAGUAUAUCAAGAAUUGUCAUGUUAACGGAGGCAUUGUUUGAGGUAUUGGAUGAAAUUCAUCGGCAGCCCGCAUCACUUUCACUGUCCAUGGUCUCUGUUCAAGCUCCAGAGUCUGUGGUCAAUUCAUUACCAUGUAAGAGCUACAAAAAGCUUGAGACAGCCCAAUGCAGUGCUGAUUUGGAACAGUGCCAUAUCUGCUUGACUGAAUACGAGGAUGGAGAUCAGAUAAGAAGUCUCCCGUGUAAGCACGAGUUCCACUUGCAGUGUGUUGACAAGUGGCUCAAAGAAAUACACAGGGUGUGCCCGUUGUGCCGUGGGGACGUCUGCGAAGGUGGCACCUCUUGAAGACCUUAGCACACUGGGGGACCCGUCCUGAAGGUGCCCUGUUGAAGAGCAUAGCACCUAAAUUCCCUCCUGCAGUGUUGCCGUUGCUGAAGCUGUUUGGUCAGGCAUUAGCCGAUCCUGUCAUCCAGACUUCCAGAGAGCCCCCCGUACCCUUGUCCUGAUAUACUGGUCAAACCUGUGACACCAUGCGUUGAUUCAUGUCAAGUUCCCAAAAUAUAACCAAGACUUGUAUAUAUCUUUUGUAGCCUUUCCCCUCAUGUUUGAUAUCAUGUACAUAUGCGUAAAUUCUAGAUCCAGUUUUAUUCCCCGGAACAUGUGCAUCCAAAGCCAAUCAAUUGGUAUUAUUCAUCGCUC